UUGGCCCAAUGACCAGUGCAUUAAUGUAAAGUGCAUUGAUACGGUUGUAUUAAAAUGCGCUAUAUAACAAAAUACACUGUGAGUACAAAUGAUUUUUCUCAUAAAAAUGUUCCCUUUUUUUCUGAUUGUUUAUUUUACAGGCAUGCAUAAAGGAAGGCUUUCUCAUGAAACAGACAAGUUCAUUUCAGAGAUGGAGGAGGCGGUACUUCAAGCUUAAAGGGAGGAAUCUUUAUUACGCCAAAGAAAGCACAUCUCACAUCUUCGAGGAAGUUGACCUACGAGAGAUCAGCGUGGCUGAGAGCAGCACCAAAAACGUCAAUAAUAGUUUCAGGGUGAUUACUCCAUUCCGAACGCUGAUCCUCUGCACUGAUACACGGAAGGAUAUGGAGGAGUGGAUUAGUGCCUUCAAGUCUGUCGCUAAUAGAGAGUUUUACGAGGAAGGUGAACAUAUGCGUGAUAUGCUCUCAGGAAUGCAUAAUUGGUAUGCUUGUUCUCACGCGAGACCGACGUACUGCAACGUCUGCAGAGAGGCGCUAUCCGGUGUAACCUCCCACGGUCUUUCAUGUGAAGUAUGCAAAUUCAAAGCCCACAAACGAUGUGCCGUUCGUGCUCAGAAUAACUGCAAGUGGACGACGCUAGCUUCGGUUGGGAAAGACAUCAUCGAAGAAGAAGAUGGAACGAUCGCGACCCCUCAUCAGUGGUUAGAGGGAAACUUACCUGUAAGUGCCAAAUGUGUCGUGUGUGAUAAAACCUGUGGUAGUGUGCUGCGUCUGCAAGACUGGAGAUGUCUCUGGUGUAAAGCCAUGGUACACUCAUCAUGCAGAUCCCAGUUCCCAGCUAAGUGUCCCCUCGGUCAGUGUCGUCUAUCCCUCCUACCUCCAAUCUCCUUGAACUCAAUGAGUUCUGACGGCUACUGGCAGGCAACUCGGCAGGGCUGCUGUAGCCCCCUCCUGGUGUUCGUUAACUCCAAGAGUGGGGACAACCAGGGGGUGAAGUUCCUACGUCGCUUUAAGCAGCUCCUUAAUCCCGCUCAGGUUUUCGAUCUGAUGAACAGUGGGCCUCACAUAGGUCUGCGACUUUUCCAAAACUUUGACACCUUUCGGAUCUUAGUGUGUGGUGGAGAUGGUAGUAUAGGCUGGGUGCUCUCUGAAAUUGACAAGUUAGACCUUCAUAAGCAGUGUCAGAUAGGCGUGCUACCUCUUGGUACCGGCAACGAUCUUGCCCGGGUCCUGGGCUGGGGGACAGCCUGUGAUGAUGACGCUCAGCUUCCAACAAUCCUGGAGAAACUAGAACGAGCUAGUACUAAGAUGCUGGAUAGAUGGAGUAUAUGCACACAGGAGACACCGCUAGCUGGCGCUAGGGCAGCAGGGACCGUCGUGCUGAAGACAGAUAGUCUAGACAUCUCAGACUCCAUGGAGAGCAAAGAGAAGGAGAUGAUCACAGCCUACGAGGACUCGGUGGCCGCUCAUCUGACUAAGAUACUUCACUGUGAUGAGAACUCUGAUGUUAUAUCUUCAGCAAAAGUGUUAUGUGAGACAGUCAAAGAUUUUGUAGAGAAAGUCGGCCGUGCCUAUGAGCAAAGCUGCCAUUCAGGAGAUGCACAGGUCAUGAAAGAAAAGUGCGCCGUUCUCAACGAGAAACUCAAGCUCCUCCUACAGACCCUCGAGGAUGAAGCUAGUGCCACGCCCAUCCCGCCCGGGACCGUCCCUCCCGUCGCGAUAACUGACAUCCACGAUGACAUCACCAAGGACCCGCUGCACGACGGCGACACCCUAGCGCAGAUGACAGGGCCAUCCACGUCUACCAAGGUCUUCAAACCACGAGAUGCCUUGAUGUCUCGAGCCAACAGCCUCAAGAAGGCUGUGAGGCAGAUUAUUGAGCAGACAGAGAAAGCCGUUGAUGAACAAAACGCCCAGACACAACACCACGAGGCAAAAGCAAAGGCCUUAGUCGAUAAAGCCGCCGCAUCGGUUUCCAAAUCCACAAGUGACCUUUCCUCCAGCCCGGCCGACCAAUCGAAUUUGAAACCCCAAAUCACCAUCGAGACCCCGCACUGCGAGUCGGACAAGGAGGACGGAGGAGGGGUGGAGAAGGAGUCCAGCCUGGACGUGCCGGCGUCCGAGUCGGGUAAGGAGGCUCCAAAGAGUCCUAAGAUGUCUUUCUCUGUGUUCACGUCCUCUACCAAGGCCAAGAUUGAACGCAAGAAGGCAGAAAGAGAACAGAUGAAGUCACCUCAGACUCGAAGGGUUAGCCGGGGUAGUACACUCUCACCGGGCCCCGUCGGUCUAUCUCAUCGUUUCGGUAGCAUGGAGAAUAUGUCAUUUCUUCCAGGUUUAGACACACUUUUGGGACCACGUUUAGGAAGAGGAAAUGCUUUACUCAGUAAAAGUAUAAGUGGCCUUUCAGGUGGUUUUAUGGGUGCUGGGCUGAUUAGUAAGGUGCUCUUAGCCAAUGCUGAUGCUCUGUGUGCCGCUGCUUCACCUCUUAUGGACCAAGACAUUGAAUCAGUGGAGGGUUACACAGAGACUUGUGUGAUGAAUAAUUAUUUUGGGAUCGGAUUGGACGCCAAGAUAGCGCUGGAUUUCCACAAUAAGAGAGAAGAACAUCCGGAGAAAUGCAGUCGAACCAAGAACAUCAUGUGGUACGGCGUCUUGGGAGGCAAGGAGCUUCUCCAGAGAACCUACCGCAACCUGGAGCAGAAGGUGCAGCUGGAGUGUGAUGGUCAGCGGAUACCGCUACCCAGCCUCCAAGGCAUCGUCGUCUUAAACAUUCCAAGCUACAUGGGCGGGGCUAACUUCUGGGGCACGACCAAGGAGGACGAGACUUUCACAGCGCCCUCGUUUGACGAUCGUAUCUUGGAGGUGGUUGCAGUGUUUGGUGGGAUGCAAAUGGCCGUAUCUCGGAUGAUCACAUUACAACAUCAUCGGAUAGCUCAGUGCCACGUUGUGAAGAUCACGAUUCUUGGCGAGGAAGGAGUUCCUGUUCAGGUGGAUGGAGAGGCGUGGGUUCAACCUCCAGGGUUCGUUAAGAUCAUCCACAAGAGCAGAGCACAGAUGCUGGUCAGAGAUAAGGCAUUUGAGAACACCUUGAAGUCGUGGACGGAUCGUAAGAAGAUUUGGAAACAGCUGCAGCCACUUACCGAUGAAGAGGUCAUCCUGGUCAGACACUUCUGUGAGACAGUCAACAGUCUAGUUACUUGUAUUCAGAGAGCUGCAGAGCAGAAUCGUGCCAUAGAGUCUGGCCUGAUGCAUUAUGCCCAGUCUGUUUCCACCACGAUGGACAGGUUCUGGGGUAGUGAGAAGGUUGGAGAGGGUACCAGUCGCAAAGCCCUUAUGGAGAUGGUCAGUAGCGUCCGGAACCUCCACAGUGAGACCAGUUUGUUCCUAGCGGCAAAGGCAUACACCACGCGCCUAGGGGACGACAUUCUUAACAGGCUCAACAGUGCGGUCAGUGCCACGGACGUGGAACUGCGUAAAGUUAUGCUGAUAGAUGGCGCUCUGGGCUUCCCUGAGGAAGAUUUACAUCAGACGGACCCAUACAUCAAGCGGACGAAAGGUCGUUUUAAGUUACCGAUGGUCUCAAGGUUCAAGAAACCCACGAAGAAAGACUUCCGGUCUUCAUUCCCAUCCGGAAGUCCUGGCUCCUCGGAAGGAACAUCAUCAGGUGAUUCUCCAAGGAUGUGGACCCCCCAGCAGGUCGGGGUGUGGCUAGAUAGUCUGUCGCUAGGGGAGUACCGGGAUAACUUCAUCCGUAAUGACAUCAGAGGAUCCGAGCUGCUGACGCUGGAAAGAAGAGACCUGAAGGACAUCGGGGUCACAAAAGUGGGUCACAUCAAGAGGAUCCAGCAAGCUAUCCGAGACUUGGAGAAGAAAGAUAAUGAGUUGCCAGGAACAUCAUACAGCUAGUGUCUGUAGUAUCGGCUGACCUUUAACCUUUAACCCCCUAUGCAUAAGAAGACGCCUUCUGAUGAACGAAGCUCCUUGAUUGGUUGAUUCCAGUGUGAACCCUCCACUGCAAAACAGCCUAACUUGAAAAAACAAUUACAUUUUGAGAAAAAGCAAGCACAGCGACAAGUUGUUUUGCACUCAAGUGUAAAAAGAAGUUGAAAUUGACCCAUUUCACCUGAUUUCAUCAUAAAAAAUAAUCUUGAAUGCACCAUACUGGUGGGCAAUUUCACUGUACGUUUUUAUAUAUAAUUCUAUGAUGUGCGUUAUGCAGUGAAAGUGUGCGUUUUAGGCGUCGCGGCAUUAAUACACGUAAACCUUAACUUGCCCACCAACAUGUUGAGCGCGGAUCAGUCGCCGUGUGUGACGCGCGUGCAAGGGGUCAAUAGGACUUAUAUUCAAAUCCUUACAUAGUAUGCCUUUGAAAACUUGAAACUGGAAAAGCGCCCUCAAUUUAUCAAGAAUUGAUCUUAAAGGGAAGGUACACGUUUGGUAAUUGCUCAAAACAAAUAUUAACUUAAAAACCGACUUGGUAACGAGC